UUCAUGCUUACAAACCCCAUGUAUUUGCACCUCACUACGCGGGGGAUUCCUGGAGUAGCGUGCAUUAAAGCAAUAAGGACAAAGAUGAAUCCGACGGCACGAACCUUGUCUCAGGUAUUGGUGUUCAAGUCUUCUCAGAAGUGGAGCUAUGAUUAUGAGUAUGUGGAUUACACACCAAUAUGGAAAAAUAACAAGAAAGUUAGAGGGUUCACGUCUUUUAAUAAGAGCACGGGUGAAAAAACAACGUAUACGCUUCACCACAUAUAUAAGGAUUGUGCUAUUGUAAACAAGACAAAGAAUACAAAAAGAGGAGGUUACAAGCAAGUAUGUGAAGUGUGGGUGAACGAUCAGUUCUUUGACAGAAACACCGACGGCCUCAAAUUUUGCACAGCAAAUUUCUGGAAGUACUGCAAACCCCAUACCCCAAAACAAUACUUUAUUUCCGAGUGUGACGAAAGAAUUGGCAAAGUUAUUUUAGUCUAGUGAGCAAGGUCUCGAACUUAUAGGAAAAAUGAGCAAGUAUUUUUGUGGGCAAUAUCUCAAUAAAAUAAUAUGAAGUGUUGA